GAGCCACCGUUUGAGUACUGAAGUCAUUAUUACUUGGAGUCUAUAAGAAGGCAGUUGCACAGUAAGCAAUUUAUACGUUGCCAGCUUUGACUCUAUGGAUUUACUCUGUCCUUUUCCUCUAUUUUUGUUGUUCAUCCCCACCAAGGAGUCCCCAGGUGUCGGGUGAGGAGGGGGCCUGAAACUUCCGUUUUCUGGAGGAAAGGUUGCAGGUGACGAAGAGAAAGAGCAGCUGAAGGAGCAACUCUGUUAAAUAGGGUCUUUUGCCUUUUGGAAAAUGCAUUUGCUGCACUCCUUGGCAAGUCCCUCAGAAAGAACAGAACGUGUUUUCUUCCAGAAAUGAACACGUCCUCUCAACUGUAUGUUUCUGAACUAAACCUGAGUGCCUUUGGCAGCAACUUUACCGUGCCUACUGUCAAGAGCAAGUCAUCACCAUGUGAGCAAGUGGUCAUUGCAGCUGAAGUGUUCCUAACUCUGGGCAUUGUAAGCCUCCUUGAAAAUAUCUUAGUUAUAUGUGCAAUAGUUAAGAACAAGAACUUGCAUUCACCCAUGUAUUUUUUUGUUUGCAGUUUAGCAGUGGCUGACAUGCUGGUUAGUGUGUCUAACGCUUGGGAGACAAUAACGAUAUACUUAAUAAACAAUAGGCACCUAAUUAUGGAAGAUGCCUUUGUCCGUCAUAUAGACAAUGUCUUUGAUUCAAUGAUCUGCAUAUCUGUGGUAGCUUCCAUGUGCAGCUUGCUGGCUAUAGCUGUGGACAGGUAUAUUACUAUCUUCUAUGCCCUGCGUUAUCACAACAUCAUGACAGUGAAAAGAUCAGGGCUUAUUAUUGCAUGCAUCUGGACCUUUUGCACAGGCUGUGGCAUUAUCUUCAUUCUUUAUUAUGAAUCAACUUACGUGAUCAUUUGUCUAAUCACUAUGUUUUUUACCAUGUUGUUCCUCAUGAUCUCCCUGUACAUCCAUAUGUUCCUCCUGGCUCGUACUCACGUGAAGAAAAUAGCUGCUUUGCCUGGGUACAACUCUGUCCGUCAAAGAACCAGCAUGAAAGGAGCCAUCACUCUGACUAUGCUUCUUGGUAUCUUCAUUGUUUGCUGGGCUCCAUUCUUCCUCCAUCUCAUCCUGAUGAUCUCCUGCCCCCAAAACCUCUACUGUGUUUGCUUCAUGUCUCACUUCAACAUGUACCUCAUUCUCAUUAUGUGCAACUCAGUGAUUGAUCCCUUGAUCUAUGCCUUUCGUAGCCAGGAAAUGAGGAAGACCUUCAAAGAGAUAAUUUGUUGCUAUAGCCUGAGAACGGUCUGUGGCUUUGCAAACAAGUAUUAAGAAAACAAACCCAAAACAGGGAAGAGAAUUGAAAUGCAACAUCAUGCCACAUCUUGUAAUUCUGCUGAAAUGCCUAUGGAACAUCUUUCUCCACUCAGCUGUCAUGAUUUCUGUGGCAAUCAGAAACCAAUUUUAAAAUGUGAUUUUAACUGUCCCUCCCUGCACCUCUGUCACAUUGGUGGUACGAGCUACUCAGUGCAUCUGUAUUACAAGGAGAAAAUAUAUUUUGAAUCUCAUUUGCCCUACUGAAGACUGGAUCUUAUAAGAGGAUUAUACAGGGAAAGCCUUAUUUUUCUUUCUGUUAAAUGCAGCGUGACCUGCCAUGCAAUCAGCCCGUCAGCCUCUCAGUGUGUGUUUCUCUUGGUAUUCUUUGUCUCUGUAGAUACAGUAAGGCUUGUGUUUAUGCCCAGAAUUAACAGGUUUUUUUGCUGUUUUCCUCUGAAGACAUAAAAUGAGAGAAGUAGCUGCAAUUAUCAGGGUGGACAUACCUUGCUCAACAGUUAUGACCAAUAUAGAUGCACAUAUCAGCAGUACUGAAUUCCAGUCAUGACUGUUACUGUUAUAAAAUAUGUAUUAUGUAAGAGGACAGUGUUACCACAAGGUUUUCCAGGCUGGACAUAGUACUUCGUAAUAUCUGACUGUAAGUGUUCUUUUCAUUGUGGGAUAAGAUGUUUCAGAGGUGGAUUUUAAGGCUGAAUAUGAAGACUGAGCUGAUUCCAGUUUGUCUGUUUACUUCAUUUACCAGGACCAGGGAAACAAAGAGUACAUGGCCUCUAGAUAAUCAUGUAAUGUUUUGUGGAGAAGGGAAGAGUAGGUGAGUGGCUGCCUUUAUAUAUGUGAAGGACCAGCCCUCAGGACCUAUUGCAGGAAGUGGUAUUGAAGCAUCAUUGUAAGCUCUGGAACAAAAAAAAGGACUGGCUGACAUCUAUGGAAUUAAUGGCCUGCAUAUGGACAAAGCUAUAGAGGUAAUGAAGAUAGAGAUAAUGAUGAAGGAACAGAGGGGAUGGAGGUUCCACUCCAGUUGCUCAGUUGUGAUAUGUCUCAACCACGCUUGCUCAUCGUUGCUGAACAAUUGCCUAAGUGAAACAUGCCUAUAACAGGAGGAGCUGUGAUGGUGGGCUUUGCGAGCUUCACUGACACCAGCCCUCCCCCGGUGGCUGGCCCAACGCUGGAUCCAGGACUGGUGAUUUUCUGUCAUCUCUUUCUCUAGCUUUUUUUCUCCCAGUCUCUCUCUCUCCUUCUCUUCCUUCCUAAAUCACUGAGUAACACAAGGCCUAACUGAAUUUUUCUCAGGUUCUGGAGCUUGGACACAUAUGUAUUGUGGCUUUUGUGAUGAAAAUAAUCAGCCUUUAUGAUUGUGCAGCCUGAGCAUAUGAAACAGUUGAAGUAUCAGCUUUUAGGAGUUAUUUCUUCUAUAGUUCCAAUUAAAGCUAAUGUUCAAAUACAGACCUUGAGUGUUGUUUCACCUUGAUCUGACAAAGGGGUAUCUGAUGGUCGAGCAUUUCCUUGGACAGUAAUGUUUUCAUCACUCUCCCUAAAAGGGCCAGUUCUGAGACUAAUAUUGGAUGCAGCAACACCUAGACUCCUCUCUGAGAAGGAGUUUAGAAAGCAAGGAGGUCCAAUCUGAAUCUCCCUGGGUUGCCCUUACCCAGGUCACGACAAUAUAGACAUUAGAAAAGUGUUUCAGCUAGGAGUAGCUUUUCUUACUGGAGGAAGCUCUACUUUGCAUCUUUCAAUGUGGGAGAGAAAAAGCAAGUCUGAUGAUCAAAAGAGCUAGCAGGCAAUGGAAAAUGAGUAAUUCCAAAAACUCAUGUACAUGUAGUUAUAAUAGAGUCCUUAAUUUUGCUCCCCAAGCAAUCUUUGUCUUUAUUGAGAGAAUUCUAAGGUGAAACCCUCACGCAUUUUGUGUGAGUAAUUUGCAUCUAGUCAUGCUCUCAUAAACAUGCUGUUCUGCAACAGCCAUUUAGUGUGCAAAAUAUUGGAUUUAUCACAGAUGAAAGAAGUACAAAUGUGGCAUGGAUUUCUUGUUGUCAAUGGACUGUACAUAUCUUACACUGAGAUAUAAGCUAUGAAGAUAUUUCAAGCAGUGGUACCCUACUCACUAGACAUCAGAAAAAGCUUGGAAAAGUAAAUUUCUUCUUCCUGCAAGCUGAAAUGUAACUCUUAUUACAUUUAGUUUAGGGAUGCUCUAAAACUGCUACUGAUAGAAGGACUGUGAUUGAUUCAGUGAUUGACCUUAGAUUAUACAUUCAAGGUAGAAGUCAUGAUCAGGUGUUAAAAUUUUUUACAAUAAGGGUGGUCAAACAUGGAAACAGGUGCCCAGUGGUUGUGCAAUCUCCAUCCCUGGAGACAUUUUGAACUUCUUCAGGACACAGCCCUGAACAAUCUGUUCUAAGUUGAAAGCUGACGCUAACUUUGAAGUUGGUCCUGCUUUGAAUGAUUUGGAAUAGAUGAUCUCCAAAGGUCCUUUUCAAUUCAAGUUACUCUGUGGUUCUAUGAAACAGUUUGUGUAUUAUGUUACAAUUCUGGGGAUUUUGCUCUCUUAACUUAAUCUUUUGUGUAACAACUGUAAAAGAUCUCCACACAUUUAGAAGCAUACUUUGUGUCUUCAUUUGCUUUGGAGGUCUUUGAUAGGAUAAGUAAGGUACUUCUUUAGCACCAGAAUUAUACCUUUUGUCUGCUGUAACUUAAAAUAUAUACUGUCUCCAGCUCACACAUUUCUCCCUCUGAUACUAGUGGGAAUGUUAUCCUCAAUGUAUUAUGUUGACUGAAAAUAUAAUGGUUAUAUCAGUGCACUAGGUGCUGGAAUCUUUCUUCUGUUAUGCCUGAAAAUGGAAUUUCAGAGGUGUGUUUGUGGUCAGUAGUGAGGAUCUAGCCUUGUUUCAGUCCACCUCUUAACUCCACCUAUAAAUGGCAGCUGUGUGCUCUUGCUACAAUGAAUGUAAACAGCUAAAAGGGGACACUUCAAUUGCAUAGUGAAAGGCACCAGCUGAUAUUGUAAAUAAAUAAUUUAAUCUUCAUUGGGUAUUGCAAAUAAGACAGUCUUGUACAUAAUUGUAAAUCAACAAAGAGGAAACCAAAACUGUAAUAGCUUUGGGUAUUUUUUUUUCUUUCUUUUUUUUUUUUUUUGAAGCUUAUUUGAUGUAUAAACACACACAUAUGAAGAAACAAUUAAACCGGAUUGCUGGAAAGCCCA